CAAAUUAUUGCCUAUAUUGACCACUUCACGAACUGUAAAUCGUGCAACAAAACCUUGCCUCCUCUUGAACGUUCCUGUCUCCAUUCAUCAUGCCCAACCAGAUUCGGGAUAUAACCACCUCCGAGAAUGGAUCCUUUGACUACAUCUUUGAGCGAAACGUCACGUUCAAGCCAAAGUCAGUCAGCGGUCUUGUGAGAUGUAAUGUCUACAGGCCCAAGGAUGUGGAACGAUCGCCUGUGCUCAUGACGUACGGCCCAUACGGCAAGGAUACGCAUACAAGCGAAUUCCUGCCUCACGCUUGGCAUGACAUAAACCCAACUCAGCAGUCACAGCAUUCCGCUUUUGAAGUACCAGAUCCAAAGUUCUGGACUGCGCGGGGUUAUGCAGUCGUACGUGCCGAUGAGAUUGGCAUCGGCCAGUCUCCAGGCUUUCUUGACACCAUGUCAGCUUCCACAUCGGACGUCUUUGCGGAACUUAUUGAUUGGGCAGCUGACCAACCAUGGUCUAAUGGCAAGGUAGGGCUGCUAGGAAUCAGUUACUUUGCUGGAAGCCAGUGGAGAGUUGCGGCGCGCCGCCCGCGCGGUCUCGCUUGUAUUAUUCCCUACGAAGGCAUGGCUGAUUACUAUCGUGACCGCUGCCGUCAUGGUGGUAUCCUUCUUGAGCCUUUUCUGCAGUUUUGGAUGGGAAAACAGGUCAGGUCGAAUCAAUACGGACUCGCAGGUCGCUCAAUCAUUGGCCGUGGCCCAAAUACAAUCGAGGGGGAUCUGAACGAAGUGGAGCUCAAGCAGAACCGUGCGGAUCAGGACGAAGACAAUCUGGGCGCUUUCUUCCGAGACGAUGAGUACUACGCCUCCCGAGAGUACAAUCUUGAGGAUAUCGAGGUACCACUGCUUUCGUUUGGCAACUGGAGCAACCUAGUCAUCCACCUGCGAGGCAAUGUUGAGGGCUAUAUGCUUGCUGGCUCACGCUACAAGUUCCUCCGAAUCGGCAGUGGGCGUCAUGAUUUGCCUUUUUACUCCGAGCCAGAGGUUCAAAUGCAAGAAAGUUUUCUUUCCGCUUUCCUCAAGGAAGAUGACUUCGCUGGUUGGACUACUGGCAAACAACCCAAGAUCACCUAUCAAGCGCGCAAAGGUCCCUUUGAUCAUAAGAGUAUCGAGUCUGCUACAGGCACGAUCUACUCUUGGCGGGAUGCCCCAGAAUGGCCCUUGCCCAACACGCAGUAUAUCAAGUACUACUUGAAUCCUGAUCUUGGAUGGAGUCCAAACCAACAAAGCGUAGAUGUGUCUACAAGAAUAUCCUAUCCAGCCAUGACCACAUUGGCCAACCCAUUUUACCAUCGUUUCACCACGGCUCCGUUUGACAAAGAGACCGAAAUUACCGGGCACAUUGUAGCCCACGUCAAUCUCUCAGUUACCCGCUUACCCGGAGGAUCAACGCCCCAAGACAUUGACGUAUUCUUUCUAGUUCGUCAGUGGGAUGCCAAUGGCGUCGAACGAACCUUCACAGGCACGAUUGGCGACGCUGCAGCUGUGACACGAGGUUGCCAGCGCAUCAGCUUACGAAAGGUCAACGACAAACAUCCGCAUCACCAAGACUACCGACCUUAUCGUGACUACUUCUCGACAGAUGUCUUGCCCGUUAUCCCGGGUGAGAUCUAUCCUGUUGAUGUUGAGAUUUGGCCGACCAACGUUGUUCUCUUACCAGGAGAGAUGCUCUCGAUCGAAAUCAGCGGAGGUGACACAGGCGGUAUCGGUCCUUUUGUGCAUGAAGGCGGCGAAAGGACCGCGGAGAGGUUUGCUGGCACGAAUCACCUACACUGGGGGCCAAAGUACAGCAACUGGGUCUCCCUUCCAAUCAUUCCCAGUUAGUUGGCCAUGGAAAUUGACGGUAUACUGUUCCGGAGAGCUUGCGACUAUCUGUAGACGGAAAAGACAUGUCGAAAAGUACAGCACAUGGAGCGCAACCGCAAACUAUUCUUGAGCAUACGUAUGUUUCGUGGCUAUAAUGCCUCUUGAACCUGUGGCACGUCUUUACGUUGUUAGAUAGUAAUCAACAUACCCUAUUGAAGCAAGAACCUGUGGCGAGGCCGAGUGAUCGAAGAAUUCACAAUAAUGACG